AUGCGGAGGAGCAAGGCCCCGUCAAGAAUUCUCUCGCCCGGAGGAGGGAGCAGCGGCAACAACAACAACAAUGGCUUCGGCAUCGAAGGCGGUGCUUCCUCCUCCUCCUGCGGCGGCGGCGGAGGCGGUGGUGGCGGCGGCGGCGGCAGCAGCAGGAAGUCGUCGGCGGCAUUUUCGCAGGAGAUGAAGCGGGUCAACACGGCGGCGCUGCGGCAGGGGAGUGUGAGCGUCGUGCGGGCGCCGCUCCUGGGCUGCUUGACGGUGCCGCGGGGGGGCGGGCUGGUGGUCGGGGCGUUCAAGCUGCCGGGGGGCGCGCGGCGCACGGACGAGAGCAAGGGCCUCCUCCGAAGGAAGUCGCUGGGGGUGCGGCGGCCGGUGACCUUCAUGACCUCCUCCAAGUUCCGUCCGCCGAGUCCCCCGGACGCGGCCGUGAGCGGGGAGUUCGAUCUCCAGGAAGGGGAAGAUGAGGGAGACGGAAAGGGGGCGGAAGCGGACACGUUCGAGCCCCUGGUGCUGUGGGAGGAGGGGCCCGGGGAGGACGACCAUCGCAUCAGCGUCGACCCGCGGCUGUGCAAGUUUCUUCGGCCCCACCAGAGGGAAGGGGUGCAGUUCAUGUUCGAGUGUGUGAUGGGCAUGCGGGAGUUUGAGGGCAGCGGGUGCAUCCUGGCCGACGACAUGGGCCUCGGGAAAACUCUCCAGAGCAUCGCGGUGCUGUGGACGCUGCUCAAGCAGGGCAAGGCCAAGGGCCAGCCGGCCGUGAGGAGAGCCGUCGUCGUUUGCCCCACCAGCCUGGUCAAGAACUGGGAGGCGGAGAUCGACAAGUGGCUCAAGGGGGACUGCCGCGUGAUCGCCCUCAGCGAGACGACGAGGGAGCAGGUGGUGCAGAGCAUCAACCUCUUCCUGGCGAGCAUGGUGUACAGGGUGCUCAUCGUGUCCUACGAGACGUUCAGGCUUCACUCGAAGCGGUUCUACGCCAAGGCGGACACCUGCUGCGACCUGCUCAUCUGCGACGAGGCUCACCGGCUGAAGAACGCUGAGACCGCCACCAAUCAGGCGUUAUCGGCCCUCAAGUGCCGGAAGAGGGUGCUGCUGUCGGGGACCCCGAUGCAGAACGACCUAGAGGAGUUCUACGCCAUGACGGACUUCACCAACCCCGGGGUGCUCGGCAGCGGCUCGUCGUUCCGAAAGAAAUUCCUGUCGCCCAUCCUGGCCGGGCGAGAGCCGUCCGCCACCGACAAGCAGGUGGAGCGGGCGCAGAAGUGCCAGAACGAGAUGUCCACGGUAGUCAACGAGUUCAUCCUCAGGCGCACGAACAACAUCAACGCCAAACACCUCCCGCCCAAGCUCGUCCAGGUGGUGUGCUGCCGGCUGACCCCGGUCCAGACGAAGAUCUACAAGCACCUCCUGUCCUCCAAGGAGAUCAGGCACAUCCUCAACGGCAAGCAGACCAACAUCCUGUCCAGCAUCGGCGCCAUGCAGAAGUUGUGCAACCACCCGAAGCUUCUCGUGGAAGGCGCCGCAGGGAGGGAUUCGGGGAGCCACGCAGAGAUCGCGAGCAUGCUGCCUGCGGAAACGUCCUCUUCUUCUGCCUUGGCGGAGGGGGUAGGGGGGCGGGGGAUGUCGGGCGGAGGGGGUUUCGGGAGGAGGAGCUCGGGGGGGAUGCAGAAGGGCGUGUUCCCCGAAUGGUCUGGAAAAAUGGAAACCCUCUUCCGGCUGAUGAGGGAGAUGAGGAACACUGGGGACGACCGCAUCGUUGUUGUGUCCAACUUCACGUCCAGCCUCGACCUCAUCGGCUCCAUGUGCCGAGAAAACUCAUGGCCAUUCGUUCGAUUGGACGGGAGCACGGGGGUGUCGAAACGGCAGAAAAUGGUGAACGCGUUCAACGAACCCGGCCCUCAGAGCUUCGCCUUCCUUCUGUCCAGCAAAGCGGGAGGGUGCGGACUCAACCUGAUCGGUGGCAACCGUCUGGUGCUGUUCGACCCGGACUGGAACCCCGCGGUGGACAAGCAGGCGGCGGCGAGGGUCUGGCGCGACGGGCAGAAGAAGCGGUGCUUCGUCUACAGGUUCGUGUCUACGGGGACGAUCGAGGAGAAGGUGUUCCAGAGACAGCUUUCCAAGGAAGGGCUGCAGAACAUCGUCGACGACAAGGAAGAGGUGAACUCCCUGUCGUCGAAGGACCUGAAGGACCUGUUCAAGCUUUACGAGGGAACGCCUUCGGACACCCACGACAAGCUUCGCUGCAAGAGGUGCAACAUCGACGAGGCUGUGCAGGCGGUCAAGGAUAUCGACGAGGCGGGGCUGCGGCGGGCGCUGCCCCAGCAGCUGGCCCUGUGCGAGGACCUUCUUUCCGAGCUGUCAGCGCUUCCGGAGGGGGCCACGUUCUUGCACCAGUGGGAUCCGGAAGAAGAAAACGUAACGGCGGAGAACUUCGCGAACGCAGUCCACGAACCGAUGGACUUCACCAAGAUCGCCGCCAGGCUCCGGGCAUCUACUAGAUCCACCCUGGAGCAGCAGCAGCAGCAGCAGCAGGCUGACGGCGCCGGGGACAGCGCCGGGGGGCAGCACGCGGACGUUACAAGACCACCCUUGUCCGCCGUCUCUGACGGAAACGGUGGGGACACCUCCGGCAACACGACGGCGGCGGCGGCGGCGGCAGAUGUGCCAUCUCCCGAUGCGGCCGCGGGGAGCGCCGGCGCCGGUGCCGCUGCUGCUGGUACCCCGGCCGUACCGUACACGAACGUGCCGGCCUUCACGAGGGACAUGCGGCUGGUGUUCCAGAACGUGCGGCGGAUGUGGCCCCCCGGGAGCAUCGGCGGGGAGAACAGGCUCACCAAGGCCGCGGACGCGCUGAAGCUGGCGUUCGAGAUGAGGUGGAGCGCGCUCGCUACGCGUGUGCACAGGGUUCAGAGGGAGGCGCUGGAGACCGCGAGACUGGAGGCCAAGGAUAGGGAGGCUCAAGAGAGGGGGGAGGACUGGGCUCCGCCCGCCAAGUUUCAGGAGCAAAUGGGGAUGCCGAAGGAAGAGGACCUCAACUCCUGGAGCCACCACUAUUCCACGGACACGGCGGAUGACCCGGUGUUCCGGGGAGCGAUGAUGGGCACCGGGGACUCUUUGGUUAGCUUCGUGUUCGGCCUGGAGGUCACCUGGGACUUGCUCUCGGUGCAGCUGGAACAGGAGGCAGAAGCCCGGACCCUGGAGAUCAAGGUCAAGAACGACGCGCGAGCAGCACGGGCCGCCGAGAAGAAGAAGGCCGCGUCUGCCGCCGCCGCCGCCGCCGCCGCCGCCGCCGGCACCGACGACAACGGCGAUGUUGUCGACGACAACGGCGAUGUUGUUAAGGCCGACGGCGAUGUUGUUAAGGCCGAGGGCGGAGGUAGCAGCAGCAGCACGAAGGGCAAGAGGAAGAAGGAGGAGGAGAAGAAGAAGAAGAAGAGGAAGAAGGGUGCGUGUGGUGGGUAUGGGCGCGAGAUGGAAGGUUCGACGGUGGGGGUAGAUGGUGGCGGCGCGGCGGCCGGCGGAGGAGGUGAGGGUGGCGAGGAUGCGGAGGUAGGGGACGGGGGAGUGGAGGCGGAGAUGGGGGAGGAGGAGGGGGGGGGGGACAAGGAGGAGGAGGAGGAGGAGGAGGAGGAGGAGGAAGAGGAGGACGAGGCUUGGAUGGACGAGGAGGGUGACGGGGGCAAGGCGACGGUGGCGCCGGCAAGCGGCAAUCGUAGAAGGAAAGUGAUGGAAGACGAAUCAGACGAAGACGGCGACGACGACGAGCAAGUGGCGUCUACGGCGGAGGAGGAGGGUACGCAGAUCGAGGGGGCCCCGGCGAAUACUCCCGGUGGUGAGGAGGAGGGGGGUGGUGGUGGUAUCGGCGGCGACACCGAGGAGGAGGAGGGGGAGGAGGUGUUGGAGACGCCGCCUCUUGUUGGCUCUGCCGAAGCGGGAGAAGAGGACUGGAGAGUACCCGCAACCGGUGGCAGCGAAUCCGCGGCGGCAGGAGGGGGCCCAGUAGCAGCAGCAGCGGCUGUAGGGGGGGGUGGAGACGAAGAGAACUCCUCCUUUCGGAGCCCGGCUAGCAGGCACGGGGAAAACCGGGUCGCUAGCAACAGCAGCGUUAGCAGACGGGAGAGGACGGGGGUAUCGAGCGGUGCUGCGGCGGAGGGGAGCGGCGGUGUCGGCAGCAGCGAGAAAACGGAGUGGCUGUGUGCCGUGUGCACCUUCGCGAACGCCUUGUCGACACGGAAGUGCAUCAUGUGCUUGACAGGCUGUCGCCCCCCGGGGAUGGGGCGCUCGAGUCCCCUGUCCCCUCGAUCGUCCGGCGAUGCGAAUAGGGGACGGGGGCAGGAGGAGGACGAGGACGACGACGACGAAGACGAAGACUUCGUGAGCGCCAAGAAGAAGAGCAAGAGCAAGAAGGACGGCAAGGGGAAGAAGGGCAACAGCAAGUCUCCGCGAGAGACGGCGGGCAAGAAACAGCAGAAGCCGGCGAAGGAGAAGAAGCGCAAGAGAGAGAUCUGGAUAGACGACGACGAAGACUUCGAAUAGAGCGAAGCCGCCGCCGCCGUUGUGUUGUACAUCCCCGGGUACCGGGCAGUCUUUUUCUUGUUCAUGGUGUUGAUUCGCCGGGCCCCCCUCUGGUUGAGGGGUCACUCGAGAGACACCCGCAAGCGUCACGGUCAUGUUUUUGUUUGUCCGGAUUCGAGAGCUGUCUUCUGUUGGAGCCCUUGGGCGUUGCUCCAGUCAAGGAGUGGGUUAGAGGGGGCUUACCUGAUGGUAGAGCAUGUGUCAGCCUCGUGGCCGGCUCGAAAAGGGUGUGGGACUGCUUUUGCGUGUCGUUAGCACGGCACUUUUGCGUGUCUCGAGCACGCACCUUCAAUGUACAACACUCCGUGCCACCACCACUGGGGCAGGUAGUAUACAGUAGCGGGGUGUGCCAAGAGUGAAGGUGCAGACUUUCUUGUUGAUUAGUUGCCACAUGUGGCCGUUACCCCGGCAAAUAUCGUCCAACGUCCCUGGGCGAAACGACUAUUAUACCUGCAGGAAUUUGCUCCGGUGUAGACUACAAGUAGUGCCUCUGUUGCACUUACUGACCUCCGGGAGUUACAGCCUCCUUUCAACUCGGGGAGCUGGUCUAUGAAACUCGGUUGGUUUUGGAUAGAUCGUUGUGGCGCUUGUUGCCGUGUAGUUUAUUUGCCGUUUAGUUUGUUACUCACGCAAUGUAUAUUUUUGAAGGAUGCAAUAGUCGAUGUCGCGCAUGUUGCUAUCAGCGUCCCUACGGUAGGUUUUCAGCAUGACUUUCGGUGGUCGCACGGCCGCUUGUGCUCUGUUACGGUUGCGAGUUGGAUACGGAGGUUUCGAAACGAUAUCGUUUGGUCACCAAAACCAGGCGGGAUCUCUCGCGUGUAUUGUAUGGCGAGGGGUUGCCCAGCCAUUCCCGCCCCCCCCUGCGUGUAUGUUGGUUGUUGUUGUGCAGCUGGAUUCGUUGCAGCCGUUUUCCUUUUUGGCAAUCGCAGUUAGGAUGGAAGAAAGAGAGUAGUAUAUAACAGUCGCCAUCUUCGCAUGCAGCCAAUCCUGAUCCAUUUGAUUACGUUGUUUGGUGCUGCUGUGCGCCACGAAUGUCGGGCUCAUAGUGCAUGUAGAGGGUCAUGACCGGGUGUGUUCGUGCUGUAGUAGAAUUUACACCUGUUACGAGCGUAUCGUAUCUGGUGUCCAGCGUUUUUGUGCGUAUAGUGGGUGUCAGCCUGCUUGCUUGUUUGUUGUUCACACGUGGAAAGGCGAGAGGGAAGGGCGAAGAAAUAGGAUACUGGAAGGGCGUAUUGGCCGGUAGCAACAUGUUUGUUGAUACAAGUGAAGCCAAUUUGCCCGAAUGCUCUGUUUU